AUGGAGCGAGGCUUAGGGGGGCUGCCGCAGCCCUCCAAGCCGGUCAGCAUCUCGACCAACCGGCCCGUUCAUAUGAACUUGUUCGCCACCUGGGAAGUGGACCGCUCCUCACCCAGCUGCGUGCCCAGGCUCUUCAGCUUGACCUUGAAGAAACUGGUCCUGCUCAAGGAGCUGGACAAAGACCUCACCUCGGUCGUCGUCGCCGUCAAGCUGCAAGGUUCCAAGCGGAUCCUUCGCUCCAACGAGAUUGUCCUGUCGUCGACAGGCCUGACAGAAACCGACCUCCAGCUCACCUUCUCCCUGCAGUACCCUCACUUCUUGAAGAGGGAUGCCAACAAGCUGCAGAUCAUGCUCCAGCGCCGAAAGCGCUACAAGAACCGGACAAUCCUGGGCUACAAGACGUUGGCUCUGGGUCUCAUCAACAUGGCAGAGGUGAUGCAACACCCCAGCGAGGGCGCUCAGGUUCUAGGUCUUCACAGCCAACUGAAAGAUGCUUCACUGCCCGUGGCUGAGAUGCGCGUCUACUCGCUGUCCAGCCAGCCCAUCGACCACGAGGGACCCAAGGCCAAGAUGUCCGACCGAUCCCCAGACGUAGACAACUACUCGGAGGAAGAAGAAGAGAGCUACUCGUCUGAACAAGAGGGAAGUGAUGAUCCCGUCCACGGACAAUACCUGUAUGACGAAGAAGAGGAAGUAAGGAAGAAGAAACCAAGGCGGAAGCUACCAUCUAACGCCGCCAUCACUAGGCAGCCAAACAUCAAGCAGAAGUUCGUGGCCUUGUUGAAGAGAUUCAAAGUCACCGAUGAGGUGGGCUUCGGUCUGGAGCACGUGUCCAGAGAGCAGAUCCAGGAGGUGGAAGAGGACCUGGAUGAGCUCUACGAUAGCCUGGAGAUGUACAACCCUAGCGACAGCGGGCCCGACAUGGAGGAGACCGACAGCAUCGUGAGCACACCCAAACCCAAACUCAGGCCCUUCUUCGAGGGGAUGUCUCAGUCCAGCUCCCAGACGGAGAUCGGAAGUCUUAACAGCAAGGGCAGUUUGGGCCGGGAUACUCUGAGCCCGGGAGAGCCGCCUCCUGGCGACAAGAUGAAAACCUCCCGGAGUCGUGUCCUGGACGAGGCGGCGCUUUUGGAGAGCGACGUGCUGGAGGGUGCUGACCUGGAACUGCUGGCGGCCGCCGCCCCCUGCAUCACUGUCUCUGUGGUGGAGAAACCCCGUACGCCCAUGAAGAGCGGCAAAAGCGAAGGGCAGACGGCGCCGUCGCCACGGUUGGACGGCGGCCACACCCCUUCCCGGCAGAAGCGUGUCGGAGGCACGCCUAUCAAAUCCAAGGCGCCGAGCGAGCGAGCCAACAGUUCCGACUCCGAGAGGUCGCCCGAGCUGGCGCACGGAACGCCGGUGCUGCGUAAGGCAGCGUAUGACCAGCUCAACCUCAUCCUCUCGACCGACUCGGCCCUUCCGGAAAGCCUCAUCCUGGUUGGUGGCGGCGACUGGCAGGGGCAGUACGUGCUAGAGCAGCUGCAGUUGCACAAGCAGCCGGUGGUAUGCACGUGCUCACCGGCGGAGAUCCAAGCCGUCCUCUCCGCUGUCCUCACGCGCAUCCAGAAGUUCUGCAACUGUAACGCGUCCAUGCCGCGCGCGGUGAAGGUGGCAGCCGUGGGUGGACAAAGUUACUUGGCCGCCAUCUUGCAAUUUUUUGUAACGCAGCUAGCCAACAAGACGUCAGAUUGGCUCAACCACAUGCGCUUCCUGGUGAUCCCUCUGGGAUCCCAUCCCGUGGCCAAGCACCUAGGUGCCCUGGACAAUCGCUACAGCUCCUCCUUCCUGGACGGCGCUUGGCGAGAAGUCUUCAGUCGCGCCGAGCCUCCUCCCGCAGACCAACUGGACGUGGCUGGGAGGAUUGCACAGUACAUCAACGGGGCCACACUAGCUCACCAACUUCCCAUUGCCGAGGCCAUGUUGACCUGCAAACACAGGACGCGAGAGGAAGACUCUUACCAGAAGUUUAUUCCCUUCAUUGGGGUAGUCAAAGUGGGCGUGAUAGAGUCCGGACCCUCGCUAACUGGAGAUGCGGAGGAGCCCGUCGCUGCGAGUUUAGCCGUCCCUUCCUCGUCCCCUCCUUCCCACGGCUCGCCCGCAGGAACGAUCAAGGAGGCGGCCACUCCACCUUCGUCACCUUCCGUAGGAAGCGUCACCGCGCAGGGGAGUCCAGGCGUGUCGCACGGGGUGGACGCCAUCGGUCUGCAGGUGGACUACUGGCUGGCGUCACUAGCUGAAAAGAAGCGAGAGGGCGAGCGUCGCGACACGGCCUGCAAGAACACGCUGAAGAGCGCCUUCCGCUCGCUGCAGGUCAGCAGGCUGCCCAGCGGGGGCGCCGGCGCGGGGGGCGAGCCUCAUGGCAUCCAUGUCAGCACCAUGGCCAUGACGGUGGUCACCAAAGAGAAGAACAAGAAAGUGGCCACCAUCUUCCUUGGAAAGAAGCCCAGAGAGAAGGAGUUGGACUCUAAAAGUCAGGUGAUUGAAGGCAUCAGUCGCCUCAUCUGCUCGGCCAAGCAGCAGCAGACCAUCCUGAAAGUGUCCGUGGACGGCGUGGAGUGGAACGACGUCAAGUUCUUCCAGCUGGCUGCUCAGUGGCCCACUCACGUCAAAUACCUUCCCGUGGGACUUUUCGGCUACACAAAGCCCCCAACCUAA